AAAUAUUUUCCCCAUCAAAGAUAACGUGUGUUUUCCAAUCCUAAUUUUGGAUUCCCUCCGCUGAUCCUAAUUGGACGCCGGAGUAUUCCAUUAGCCGCCGAGUUAUCUGCCCGACGGGAGCGACUCCCGAGCACAGAAACUCCGCCAUCGUCCGUCGAGCCUAUUGGUCGCCGGAAAUUUAUCUCCACCGCCGAGCGAAACUCGCCGCCGGUGCUUGUUAAGGGAAACACCCUUAACACAUCCUAUUCAUGUCUUUGUGACUGAUAUAACUGAUAGAUUAUGCUGUACCAACAGUGUCUCACAAGUUUCUAGAUCAAGUAGACUUUCAUUGUUUUAGUUAUUUCCAGAGAAUAAUAAAAGCUGGUUGACUGCCUCUGGCUUAGAAGAAAAUAUUGUUUUUAGUAUUGAAAUCAAGUUCCGCAUCUCAAUGAUGGCUGGUGGUUGUGCGGUGCCUAUACACACGAUCAUGAGAGGUUUCAAAAAGUGUUGUCUGCAUUAUCUUUCUACAACCUGGAAAACUUAUUGAAUUUUAACACCCAACAAAACAGAUAUUUAUUAAUUCCUCCUAGUGUUAUCACCGAUAUCAUGUUGCAUGAAGGUGUGUGCGUUCGUAUGCACAAGCCCACUGGAGUUGCAUUUGCGGUCUAAUUAGGAACCGUAAGUUUUUGGGCAGUAAGUGCUGAAGAUUGAACAUUUGAACCUUGAUUGGAUAACUAUGGUUGGUUGGGCACCUUGCUUAAUUUUCUCUCAUUAUGGUGCUCUUGUUUCCCUCAUAUUUGUUUACACCUUCCUGUGCAGAGGUCUCAAUUGCAAAGACAAAAAAUUUCACCUACAAUUUACUGGUAGGAGCGACAAACAACUUUCAUCGAAGUAACAAGAUAGGAAGAGGAGGUUUCGGUACAGUUUACAAGGGGGUCCUAAAAAAUGGAAGAGAAGUUGCUGUGAAGGUGCUUUCAGCUGAAUCAAAACAAGGAGAACGGGAGUUUAUGACUGAGAUAGACACCAUAUCUAAUGUCAAGCAUCCAAACCUUGUUGAGUUGCUCGGUUGCUGUGUUUAUGGCCGUAACCGGAUUUUGGUAUAUGAAUAUUUAGAAAACAGUAGCAUCGAUCGUGCACUAUUGGGUUUCGUAGAUCCAUAAAAUUGGAGUGGGAGAAAAGAUCUGCCAUUUGCAUGGGGACUGCAAGAGGGCUUGCAUAUCUGCUGGACGAGGACCUUCAACCAAAAAUCGGAGAUUUUGGAUUAGCUAAGCUUUUUCCUGAUAAUAUUACUCAUAUCAGCACAAAAAUAGCAGGAACAACCGGUUACCUGGCGCCAGAGUAUGUUUUAGGCGGUCAGUUGACUCUGAAUGCUGAUGUUUAUAGCUUUGGAGUUCUGACACUUGAAGUUGUAAGCGGAAGAAGCAGUGGAAAUACUAAUUAUGGAGGUGGUGAUAAAUUACUAAUGGAAUGGGCCUGGGAGCUAUAUGAAGAUGGGAAAUUGCUGGAUCUUGUCGAUCCUGAGCUUGAGGAAUUCCCAAAGGGUGAGGUAAUCAGGUAUAUGAAAGUCGCCUUAUUCUGUGCUCAAGCUAAUGCAAGCAGGAGGCCAUUGAUGAGCCAGGUCACUGAGAUGCUUUCUAGAAAUGCAAGGCUAAAUGAAGAUCAACUCACGCCUCCUGGUUUCUUCGAAGGUUCAAGCCGGAAAAGUGGUAUGGUGUCAAAGAAUAAGUCGAGUGACACCUCAACUAGCCACCACAUGAGUUCUUUUGCAAUCACAACCACAGAGGUAGCCCCGAGAUGAAGUUAAGUAGCUGAAGUCAGUGUGUUGAUUGAGCAUCAAUAUUUUGAUAACGACAACUUAGUUGAGUUCACAUUAAGUUCCAAGGGCCACUUUAUGUUGGCCUUUCGCGCUAAUGAUAUUUAUACCCUUUGUUAUUCAGUUCUUUGCACGAGGCGUUUCUGGUCUCUAGGUGGUAUGUAUCUAUAGAGGGGGGCAUGAAUCUCACGGAUUCUGGAGAUUUUCUUAUAUUUUAUGCAUACUAUUCUUCCAACUACGGUACAUUAUUGUUCCAUGGUA